GCCGAUUCUUGAGGAAGGGGUUUGCCGAUUCGAUUGCUCGCCUGAGGAUCGUGAAAAGGCGUUUCCGAGCAUCUCUUUUGCUGAUCCAAAGGCCAGAGAGACGCUGAUCAUGACCUACCAAGUGCCUGAGUUCGUCCCUGAGUUCAUCUGCGAUCGCAAGCAGCAGCAGGCUGUUACCCUUCAGCUUCCUACGGGAACCUCAUUUUAUGGAACUGGAGAAGUGAGCGGACAGCUCGAGCGGACAGGGAAGCGGAUCUUUACGUGGAACACGGAUGCGUGGGGUUACGGUCCAGAAACAACCUCCUUGUACCAGUCACAUCCUUGGGUUCUAGCUUUGCUUCCCGAUGGAAGGGCACUAGGGGUUCUUGCUGACACAACUCGUCGUUGUGAGAUUGAUCUACGGGAAGGUUCGACUAUAAAGUUCUCGGCUGCAGCUGUUUACCCUGUUAUCACAUUUGGCCCAUUUGCGUCGCCUACUGAAGUCCUUGUUUCCUUCUCUCAUGCCAUAGGAACUAUAUUUAUGCCUCCAAAGUGGUCUCUGGGUUACCAUCAAUGUCGAUGGAGCUAUGAGCCUGAUGCUAAAGUCCUUGAGAUUGCUAGGACAUUCCGGGAGAAAGAUAUACCUUGUGACGUCAUAUGGAUGGAUAUUGACUACAUGGAUGGAUUUCGAUGUUUUACCUUUGACAAAGAACGCUUUUCUGAUCCACAAACUAUGGUUAAUGACCUUCAUGCCAUUGGUUUCAAAGCAAUCUGGAUGCUUGAUCCAGGGAUUAAAAAUGAGGAAGGUUACUUUGUUUAUGAUAGCGGAUCUGAUAAUGAUGUCUGGAUAAAAAAUGCAGAGGGCAACCCUUUCGUUGGGGAGGUAUGGCCAGGCCCUUGUGUUUUCCCUGAUUUCACACGAGGAGAAACACGAUCAUGGUGGGCAAAGUUAGUAAAGGACUUCAUUGCCAAUGGUGUUGAUGGAAUAUGGAAUGAUAUGAAUGAGCCUGCAGUUUUCAAAACCGUGACGAAAACAAUGCCUGAGAGCAAUAUCCACAGAGGAGAUGCUGAACUCGGUGGCUGCCAAAAUCAUUCUCACUAUCACAAUGUUUAUGGCUUACUGAUGGCAAGAUCGACUUAUGAAGGCAUGAAAAUGUCUAGUGAGGAAAAACGGCCUUUUGUUCUCACAAGAGCUGGUUCUAUUGGAAGCCAGCGCUAUGCUGCAACAUGGUCCGGAGACAACCUAUCAACCUGGGAACACUUACAUAUGAGUUUACCCAUGGUACUUCAGUUGGGUCUCAGUGGUCAACCUCUAUCAGGGCCAGAUAUUGGUGGGUUUGCUGGGAAUGCAACACCAAAGCUUUUUGGAAGAUGGAUGGGAGUAGGUGCAAUGUUUCCUUUUUGCCGUGGGCAUUCUGAAGCUGGAACUAUCGAUCAUGAACCAUGGUCAUUUGGAGAAGAGUGUGAAGAAGUAUGCCGCCUUGCAUUGAUGAGGCGCUAUCGGCUUAUGCCUCACAUAUAUACUCUUUUUUAUAUGGCGCAUAUGAAGGGCACUCCUGUUGCAGUUCCAUCUUUUUUUGCAGAUCCACGCAAUUCAAGUUUGAGAACAGUUGAAAACUCUUUUCUGCUGGGAUCACUUUUAGUUUGUUCAAGCACAACACCCGAUCAAGGAUCAAAUGAAGUAUCACAUAUUUUACCAAAUGGAACCUGGUUGCGGUUUGAUUUUGGUGAUGCGCAUCCGGACUUGCCAACUCUGUAUCUGCAAGGAGGAUCAAUAAUUCCUGUUGGACUUCCUGUUCAUCAUGUUGGGGAAAUGAACCUUAACGAUGAUUUGUCACUAUUUAUUGCUUUAGAUGAUAAUGGUAAAGCGGAAGGUGUUUUAUUUGAAGAUGACGGUGAUGGCUAUGGGUAUGUUCACGGGGUUUUUCUCUUGACAUACUAUACCGCUGAACUGCAAUCUUCAAUCAUUACAGUUAAAGUAUCCAAAACAGAAGGGUCAUGGAAGAGGCCAAAACGUGUUCUACAUGUGCAUGUUCUCCUAGGUGGAGGUGCUAUGAUUAAUGGGAAGGGUAUUGAUGGAGAGGAAAUACAAAUUACAGUGCCUUCAAACUCUGAAGUAUCUAACUUGAUACUAGCGAGUGAAAAUCAGUACACAGUGCAUUUAGAAAGGGCCAGACCUAUCCCAGACGUGGAUCGACUUCCAGGACAAAAAGGAAUUGAGCUCUCAAAAACUCCUGUUGAUCUAAAGAGUGGUGAUUGGGCUCUUAAAGUGGUGCCUUGGAUUGGGGGCCGAAUUAUCUCUAUGACGCAUCUACCUUCUGGGAGCCAGUGGCUUCAUAGUAGAGUAGACAUUGAUGGUUAUGAAGAAUAUAGUGGUACUGAAUACCGUUCUGCUGGAUGCUCUGAGCAAUAUGCAGUUCUUGAGAGGGAUCUUCAACAGUCGGGAGAGGAGGAAUCGCUUUUAUUAGAAGGGGAUAUAGGCGGUGGAUUGAUUCUUCAACGCCAGAUAUCAAUUCAGAAAGAUGCUCCGGGAAACCUCAAAGUGGAUUCUAGCAUUGUAGCUCGUAGCGUGGGAGCUGGUUCUGGAGGAUACUCAAGACUGGUUUGCUUGCGAGUACACCCAACAUUCACUCUCCUUCACCCAACUGAAGUUUUUGUUACUUUCACUUCUAUCAAUGGUUCAAAACAUGAAGUCCGCCCAGAAUCUGGUGAACAAACUUUUGAGGGGACUCUCCAGCCCAAUGGGGAAUGGAUGUUGAUCGACAGUUGCGCAGGUCUCAGUUUGGUUAAUCGUUUUGAUUUGAGUCAGGUAAACAAAUGUCUGGUGCACUGGGGCACCGGAACAGUUAACUUGGAGUUGUGGUCUGAAGAGAGGCCAGUUUCUGAGGAAACUCCUAUCAGAAUUUCACAUGAAUAUGAAGUGAAACAGCUGCCGUAGCUGUCCACCAUAUUAUCAGAUCUAAGGCCAUUCAUGAUUUUGCAUUUGAGAGACAUCUCAUUGUUUAGAUUGUAUUAUCUUAUAUAAACUGGAAACGGGAAAAAAAUUAGGGACGUGUACAUUUAAAGUUAUGGAGAUAAUUUUCAGUGUUGUAUCUAAGAUCUAUUUUUGCGAGUUAUGUGGUUUUUA